AUGAGAAAGACGUGUGAUUUUGGAAUUCGCUGGAUUUUUGGGAACAGAAUCUCAGAAUCUCAGAAUCUCAGAUUCUCAGAAUCUCAGAAUCUCAGAAUCUCAGAAUCUCAGAAUCUCAGAAUCUCAGAAUCUCAGAAUCUCAGAAUCUCAGAAUCUCAGAAUCUCAGAAUCACAGAAUCUCAGAAUCUCAGAAUCUCAGAAUCUCAGAAUCUCAGAAUCUCAGAAUCUCAGAAUCUCAGAAUCUCAGAAUCUCAGAAUCUCAGAAUCUCAGAAUUUCAGAAUCUCAGAAUUUCAGAAUCUCAGAAUCUCAGAAUCUCAGAAUUUCAGAAUCUCAGAAUCUCAGAAUCUCAGAAUCUCAGAAUCUCAGAAUCUCAGAAUCUCAGAAUCUCAGAAUCUCAGAAUCUCAGAAUUUCAGAAUCUCAGAAUCUCAGAAUCUCAGAAUCUCAGAAUCUCAGAAUCUCAGAAUCUCAGAAUCUCAGAAUCUCAGAAUCUCAGAAUCUCAGAAUUUCAGAAUCUCAGAAUUUCAGAAUCUCAGAAUCUCAGAAUCUCAGAAUUUCAGAAUCUCAGAAUCUCAGAAUCUCAGAAUCUCAGAAUCUCAGAAUCUCAGAAUCUCAGAAUCUCAGAAUCUCAGAAUCUCAGAAUUUCAGAAUCUCAGAAUCUCAGAAUCUCAGAAUUUCAGAAUCUCAGAAUCUCAGAAUUUCAGAAUCUCAGAAUCUCAGAAUCUUAGAAUCUCAGAAUCUCAGAAUCUCAGAAUCCCAGAAUCUCAGAAUCUCAGAAUUUUAG